UGAUGAACAGAUAGAGCAAGUCUUCUUUUCUCCACCUAGAGUCAGGUAUACUAUUAGGUGCAAUAAAACAGAUACUUCAGAGAUGGAUAGUUUGAUUUAGUAUAUUACGUGAACCCAGUUGAAAUUUUAUCAGGUUCAGCUUGAGUUGCAACCCUGAAUAACUCCUUCUUGUGUCCAAAUGUGAGGAGUAAAGGAGUCGUGUCUUCCUUGAUAUUGUAGUGGUGUUAGAAUUUCUACCCUUCCUAGUCUUUCUUGCCAAUGAGAAUGAGUUUCUGUCUAUUGAAAGCUUGUUUUCCAUUGUUAAUGGCUCAUAGUACAAGGACUAAGUUUCUUCCUUGGCAGUGAGCCCCGAGAGCAAGUUCCAACAUGCUGUGUCCAUGGCAAACACUGUUUAUCUCUUCUUCUGCUCAGUACAAUGUAAUCAGGUUCUCUUUCCUAAAGGUGGGCACUGUUUCUGGAGGUGGUUACCUAUGGCACCUGUGGAAGCUCUGUAUACCAUUCUUCAAGAUGAGAUCCAGUCCUUUGAGAAGCACAUAAGAUGUUGCCAGCAGGCUUUUGACAUUCACACUCUUUACAAUGUGUUGUUGCUGCUGCUCCAUGAAGAUGAUGGUGUAGUAGAGAUUCACAGCCUUGAGCAGCUGGAAAAGCUUGUGAAGUCCAAGAAAUGUAACAGACAGGAUAUUGUGAGAAUUACAGUUAGUGGUGAUAAAUCUGACAUUGCCAACUACAUUUCUUGGUUUGUCUCUUAUGUGAGCUAUCUAGGUUCUUUGAAAGAGGAGUUUGAUGCCAAAGUUGUGUUUCCUUUGUGUGAGAACCUUUAUGUUAAUGAUGACUCACUGGACAGAUUGCUUUCAGGAUUCAUGAAAGGACGCAGGCCUCAUGCCACAGUGUCGAUAGCACAUACGGCCAGGCAGUUGUUUGCCCUCAGAAGGAAAUGGGCCUUGCUCCUGAAAAAGGGCUUGAUCUGUGAGCAAGCCUUCCAUACCCAGAGCCUCCUUGAUCUGCAGGGCUUUGCUUAUAUCCAACCCUUUGUGAAGAUCAUGAGGCUAGUCCCAGAUCUUUUUCACAAGAGCUUAGCAGCUGCUGAGCUUGCUACGCAGUGGGUGAAAUACCAUGCCAGCAGGCAUAGCUCCCACCAAGAACACUCACAUCCCAUCCUAAUCCGGAGGUGCAAUGGCACAAGAGUGAUGGAAGGCAGUUUGGACCAUCACUGGUAUGGUGCAUCCUUUUGCCAGUCUGAACUACCUCUAAACCAUCAUGACUAUAUGAAGACCUGGCUACCACCUAAAGCCAACAACAACAACGAUAAUAGGGACAUGUAUAAGACAACAAUUAUCCAGAAAAGGAAUCAGCUGCAGGAGACCUAUGGGGAGCUCUUGUCCCUGCUCUGGCGGGAGGAACGUUCUUGGACACUGGAAGGAGAGAUUCAGGAGGUAAACCAGAGGAUUUCAGAUCUGCAUGUGCAGCAAGAGGCCAAGGAAAAUGAACUAGAAGCCCUUGAGCAACAACUAAAGAAAGGCAAUUGGAAUGUAUCUAGUGCACAGUACCAAAGAGACCUCUGUGAGCUGAAUGCCUUACGGAGGCAGCUUAGGCUGGAGGAAUACCGCAAGAGCAUCUUGCAGGGAGAUUGGCUACUGGAGUUGGAGGUCAGGCCAGUCCUUAUACGACCAAUUUAUACACUGCAGGAACGCUGCCAGAAGCUUAUGAGGGUGUUGCAAGCCAAAGAAGAGAUUCAACAUGAUCUCCAGCCAGCUGAUAGAAUUGAUUCACACUCUUCCUGCAACUCAGUGGGUCUGAACAUAUUGAGUUCUUGUUCUUGAGAAGGAAGAGAGCUCUAGCCUACAGUGAUAUUGUUAAUAUACACUUGGUUUCAGGGGCAAUGCCCCAUCUGGCUUUCCCUCAUCUUUAUUCCACAUAAUAUAUCACCUCAGUCCUAGCUUCAUAAGCUGUAUUGUAAUGUGUUCUACUAAGGGCUGCCAUUGAUGAUUGUCUGGAAGCUGCAGCUGAUGCAGACUUAGCAAUACAUCCCUUAUCAGGGAUGUAGAUAAUGUUGCUAAACUACAACUUUAAGGAGUUCUGUCAAUAAGAGUAAUGGUGAAAAAUGCUGGGAAUUAUAAUUAAAAAACAACUAGGAAAACCUUA